AUCAACUCGUUCAAGACACUUGGUCAAAAAAUCCCCUUUGCUUUUCUUGUUGGGUUUCUGUGACCAUACCGACCAAAUCUCCUUCGCCUUGGACAGAAAUAGGAAUGGCCUUUGUGAAUCAAUCAUCCCACCUCUAAUCCGACCCCCCACAACAAAUCAUCCCUACCCAUCCGUCAUCCCCUCUUCCGAACCUCGACACCAGCAACCUUUGUAACUCGAUAAACACGUCCACACGUCCACAAGGCCAAAGGCCGUACCGCGAGGCUCGAUUGUCCUUUUCUAAGACUACACAAUGUCGCACCCAAAUCCACAAUAUGGACAAGAUCCCUACGGCCAGCAAUCUCCCCCAGUCCAAGGCCAUGAAGGCUACGAAGCCACCUCCCAACCUGCUGGGCCUCCUCCCACCGGACCUGCUGCAACUCAUGGCGGAAGGAAAAAGCGCGCCUAUGCAGGUCAAGCCUACGAAUUUGGUGCCGGGGCCAAUGCAGACCUAGGUGGCCAACAACAAGCUGGGGGCGCCUUUUCUGGCUUCUCUACACAACAAGACGCUGCUGGCUAUCCUCAGGGAGGCUACCAGCAGAAUCCUGCGGCCGUUCAGCAAGGCCCCACUCCUCUAUAUCCAGGCCAGGACCCAGCGGCUGGGGGAUAUCAGCCCCCUGGACAGGCAUAUCCGUCACCCUCUGUUGGGGGAGUGACGCAACAAUUCGGCCAGAUGGACUUAUCGCAGAAACCUGUCGCGGUCCCGGCUCCGGCGCAAGGGCAGCAACGUCCUCCUGUUCUCAAUCAGUUAUAUCCUACCGAUUUGUCAAACCAGCCCUUGAACGUUGCGGAGCUCGACUAUCCCCCUCCGCCUGCAAUCCUUCCCGCCAAUACCAGCGUGACGCCUUCGCCCUACGCCAACUGUCCACCAAAGUACGUCCGAUCUACGUUGAAUGCGGUUCCAACCACCCAUUCUUUGCUGAAAAAGUCCAAACUUCCCUUUGCGCUGGUCAUUCAACCAUAUACCUCUCUUCACGAUGUCGAGGACCCCGUUCCGGUUGUUCCAGAUCAAGUCAUCUCGCGCUGUAGAAGAUGUCGCUCAUAUAUCAAUCCAUUUGUCACCUUCCUGGAUCAUGGCCAUAGAUGGAGAUGUAACAUGUGUAACCUCACCAACGAUGUCCCACAGGCGUUUGACUGGGACGCCGCGGGCCAGAAGAGCUUGGAUCGAUGGCAGAGGCCUGACCUCAAUCAUGCUGUGGUCGAAUUCAUUGCCCCCCAGGAAUACAUGGUUCGGCCACCUCAGCCGCUGGUUUACUUAUUCUUGUUGGACGUCAGCUAUGCGUCUGUCACCAGCGGUUUAUUGGCAACUGCAGCCAGGUGCAUCAGAGAGAGCCUGGACAGGAUUCCAAAUGCGGAUCGUCGCACCCGCGUAGGCUUUAUCGCGGUCGACUCAAGUCUACAUUUUUUCAACAUUCCUCGAGACGGCACGGAGAAUGCUCAAACCAGCAUGCUGGUGGUUAGUGAUCUCGAGGAGGCGUUCUUGCCCACUCCAGCUGAUCUGCUUGUGACUCUGACUGAAUGCCGGGAGAAUGUGGAAGCCUUCUUGGACAAGUUGCAGGAAAUGUUCCAGAACACACAGAACGGGGCUUCGGCCAUGGGCUCUGCUCUUCGAGCCGGACACAAGUUGAUUGGACCGGUUGGCGGUAAAAUGACUGUCGUCACAGCAUCUUUGCCAAACCUUGGCCACGGCAAGUUGGAAAUGCGCGAAGAUAAGAAGCUCCUGGGAACUGGAAAGGAGAGCAGUCUCCUGCAGACUGGCAAUUCAUUCUACAAGAGCUUUGCGGUUGAGUGCUCGAAGCAGCAGAUAUCAGUCGACAUGUUCUUGUUCUCGUCACAGUAUCAGGAUGUUGCGUCAUUGAGCAAUCUCCCAAGGUACACUGGUGGCCAGACGUACUUCUAUCCCGGAUGGAAUGCAGCCCGAGAAGAAGAUGCCAUGAAAUUCGCCAAGGAGUUCUCCGACUACCUCUCGUCAGAGAUAGGACUGGAAGCGGUGCUCCGCGUGCGAGCCACGACUGGCCUGAGGAUGAGCACAUUUUAUGGAAACUUCUUCAACCGAAGCUCUGAUCUCUGCGCUUUCCCAGCAUUCCCACGAGAUCAAGCUUAUGUGGUUGAAGUGGCCAUCGAUGAGACCAUCACCAAGCCAGUGGUCUGCAUGCAGACAGCCGUGCUUCACACGACCUGCAACGGGGAGCGACGAAUCAGAGUCAUGACCCUCGCCCUGCCAACCACUCAAGCAUUGGCAGAUGUCUAUGCCUCCGCUGACCAGCAAGCUAUUACGACUUACUAUAGCCACAAAGCCGUCGAGCGGGCUUUGAAUGGUGGCCUUGAAGCAGCGCGCGACCUCGUGCAGGGCAAGUUGAUUGAAUUACUCGCCACUUACAAGAAAGAACUUGCAGGUGGGAGCAUGGGCGGUGGAGGACUCCAAUUUCCUGCAAAUCUCCGCGCUCUCCCUGUCCUUUUCCUGGCUUUGAUCAAAAAUCUUGGGUUGCGCAAGUCAUCUCAAAUUCCCAGCGACAUGCGAUCAGCAGCUUUGUGCUUGCUAUCUACGUUGCCUCUCCCUCUUCUGAUCCAAUACAUUUAUCCUAAGAUGUUUUCACUGCACGACAUGCCUGACGAUGCUGGCACUGUUGACGAGAAAACAGGCGAAAUCAUCUUGCCACCUCCUGUCAACCUAUCGUCAGAGCGUCUCGCUCCUUUUGGCCUGUACCUCAUCGACGAUGGACAAACCCAGUUUCUCUGGGUUGGACGAGAUGCGGUCCCUCAACUUGUGGUUGAUGUAUUCGGCUAUCCGGAUAAGAGUCAGCUCAAGGUCGGGAAACAACAUCUGCCGGAGCUGGACAAUGACUUCAACGAACGGGUAAGAGCUGUGAUCUCUAAGAGUCGGGACCAUAAGUCUAGAGGAGUCGGAAGCAUCAUCGUUCCUCAUUUGUAUGUGGUCAAGGAGGAUGGAGAACCCGGAUUGCGACUUUGGGCACAGACAUUGCUCGUCGAGGACAGGGCGGACCAGGGAGUUAGUCUCCAACAGUGGAUGGGAAUGCUCCGCGAGAGAGUGCAGUAAGUCAGGAAUGCCACAAAGCAUGGUUCAGAUCGUGCGACGACCCGGCUAAGAUAUGGAGUUGAUGAUGCAACAUGGUGGUGCAAGCGCUAGAGUUAGUUAGACAGAUGAAUACAAAACUGUGCACAAUGAA